UGGAGAACCAUUAUCGCUAUUUCGCCUCAGCUGGAAUCAUCGGAACCAGUGAGUGGUCAAUUUUAACCUAACCAACGGGUUAGUGUUUGUUCCUCUUCGCUCGCCUCUGAUAUCAUCGAAUCGUUGGGUUUGUAGCUGCAACCGAAGCGGAUCACUUCUUCUUUUUCCAUACAUGGCGGAAGCGCAGAGUGAAAAACCUCCUUCCUUGUCUGAGCAAUAUUCCUUGAAAGAAAAAGAGGAGAAGGUGGAUAUACCGAAGCCCUCUGAAGUAGAAGAGGUGGAGAACUCAGAAAAUGCUGUCCCAGCUGAAGUUGUUGUGAAGAAUGAUGAACCACCUGUUGAAGCUGAUGCUGAUCAAGGCAGUAACAACCCUCCUGCUGAUGUAAACAAUGGGGAUGCUUCGGCAGCUGCUGCUGUAGAGGAUUCUGAAACCAAUGCUGCUGCUGGAGAAGAGGAAAUAUCUGGUGACCAAGAAAGCACGGAUGAGCGACCUGAGAUCAAGCUCGAAACAGCACCAGCAGAUUUUCGGUUCCCUACUACAAAUCAAACUAGGCAUUGCUUCACCCGCUAUAUUGAGUACCAUAGAUGCACGCAAGCCAAAGGGGAAGGCGCUCCGGAGUGUGACAAGUUUGCGAAAUAUUAUCGUUCUCUUUGCCCAAAUGAAUGGGUAGAGAAGUGGAAUGAGCAGAGGGAGAACGGAUGCUUCCCAGGUCCGCUGUAGGAGUGUUGUCUAUUCGAAAAUUCAUCAGCAGUUUGGCUCACGCUGCCGUAACACAGGCAAAUAAACUGGAGAAUGUUGUCUCUAUCAAACAAUUGAGUUAAUAAUUUUCGGCUGGUUUUGUUUUUUUAUUCAAAUCCAUUUGCAAGCAAGUUUUGUUGAUUCAAUACCAAAUGGUUUUUCCAUAUUUAGAUCAUGUUUCAUCAAUGGCUACAUGGAGUUAGAACCUAACCACUCCUGUAAGACCCAUAUCGGAUGCACUGAUACAUGCUUUUAUGAAAAUUCUAAUAAACUGUAGUUAGCAAUCUCUU